UUCUCCAUCGACAUACUUUGCGAUUUUCUCUCUAUAGCUAGCCUCUUAUUGUAAUGGCACAGUCCAUGAGUUUUCUUCUCGCACUGCUCUUCCUCUCCUCCUCCACAAUGGCCAUGGCAGCCCUCAACAUUGUAGACCUCGGUGCCAAACCUGAUGGCCGAACUGACUCAGCGAGGCCAUUCCUGAGAGCAUGGGCUGCUGCAUGCCGAACUAAUAAACCGCUGACGAUCUAUGUGCCGCGAGGCAGGUUCUUCCUUAGUCAGGUCGAGUUCCUGGGGCCGUGCAACAACAAAGCGAUCAAGUUCUUAAUUCAUGGGACCAUCAUUGCACCUGCUGGUUACAGUUCGAGCAUGAACUGGAUUAGGUUUAAGUAUGUUGAUGGUCUGUCGAUCUAUCGUGGGACGCUUGAUGGGCGAGGGCAGUCUCUCUGGGCCUGCAAGAUGGCCGGCCGCAGCUGCCCAUUUGGCGCCACAUCUCUGUCAUUCAGUCGGUCGAAGAACGUGCUCAUCAGCGGCCUAACUUCGAUUAAUAGCAAAUUCUACCACAUUUCAAUCUUCGGCAGCAGCAAUGUGAAAAUCCGAGGUGUGAAGAUCACUGCCCCGGAUGCCAGCCCCAAUACUGAUGGCAUCCAUUUGCAGAUGUCGAGCGGCAUCACCGUCGAGCGGAGCACCAUAGGGACCGGCGACGACUGCAUCUCCAUGAAAACUGGGACUACCAAUGUCAGGAUCCAUAGAGUCAAAUGUGGCCCGGGACAUGGCAUCAGCAUUGGAAGCUUGGGGGAUGCGGCUAAUGAGGCCGGCGUCCAAAACAUAACAGUGACAUCGGUGGUGUUCACUGGGACUGAUAAUGGACUAAGGAUCAAGACAUGGGCGAAGAACAACAGAGGGUUUGUGAAAGGGGUGACCUUCGCAAAUGCCGUCAUGCAGAACGUCCGGAAUCCAAUCAUCAUCGACCAGAACUAUUGCCCCAGCGGCAAUAACUGCCCGGUCCAGGGCUCAGGGGUCAAGAUCAGUGGGGUGUCAUACACUAACGUCCGGGGAUCGUCGGCGACGCCGGUAGCCAUGAGAUUUGACUGCAGUCCGAGCAACCCGUGCAGCGAGAUUGGUUUGAAGGACAUAAAACUCAGGUAUCGGAAAAAGAGGGCGCAGGCCUUCUGUAAGAAUGUGAGGGGGACUACUGCUGGUUUUAUCGACCCACCGAGCUGCUUCUGAUGCAUGGAUCAAUUGCUGGACUUGAUCUAGAGAUUAGUAGUGCGGACACCAGUGCCAGAUCAGACAUUUAUCGAGUCUACGGUCGCCACAGGGUCCAGUCAGUUCAGCCAGUUUGAUUUUAUUUUGGAUUGAUUUAUUUUAGUUGGGUUUAUGUUAUGUUGAUUGGGUUUAUUUGCAUAUUGUCAUUUUAGGGUCUUUUCAGAUUGUUUUCUUUGCAAGGGCCUAUUUGUUAUUUUGUGACCCUAUAUAUUUGGGUCCAUCCUCAUGUUUAGGGUUUGAUAAACGAUGAAUGAAAAUUAACCUCCUUUCUUCUUCCUCC